AUGAUUAAUUCAGAAAAGACUCGCUUUAGUCUUCGAGUUAGUGUUUUUUGUCUGCUUUUAAGUCAUGUCUCACACUCCUGGAAUUUAACAUCGCUGAACAUAUCUGAUAAUGUUCUAAUAUGGAGAUUCGCUGUGUGGAAAAAUCGCGCUUUUCUGGCAAUUCCCAGAUUAACAAAUGAAAAGCAAGAAGAAUGGAAACCAACUCUGGUGGAAGUUUCUUGGCCUGAAAUUAAUUUGUCGUUAAACAUUGCAAAUGCAGUAAUCUCUUCAAAGCUGUUCCCUAAAAGCAGAGCAUCAAAGCGGGAUUAUGAAACUCUCGUAUCCGUAACUGGAUUAGACGUGGAUGCUCGAGGACGAUUAUGGGUUCUAGAUGCACCCGACGGAUAUGAUCGUUGGCCCCGAAUUAUCAUUUACGACUUGAAACGAAACGACCGAUUGGUGUCAUCCACUGAGUUAACUAAAGUGUCAGUAAAACAUUUAAAGUCUCUCGUAGUUGAUCCGUUUGAAGAUCAAUGGGGAUUUCGUGGUUAUAUCGCAGAUGCCGGUGACGAAACGAUCAUUAUUUAUAGUUCAGGAUUACGCAAGUGGUGGAAAUUAAGAAUGUUACAUGAACCCGAAAUUCCUCGUGCGCAAUUCAUCGACCUUGCUGUCUCUCGGAUUAAUUCAAUUUUAUAUAUGACAGGACAUAAUUCGCAUGAUCUAUUUAGCAUCAAUCUGGAAAGGAUUAGUACAGAUAAAUUAUUACGAAUAUCUUCACACGAAACACAAAAUGUAACAGUGACUUGGCUUGGGAAGAAAUUAGGUUCUUCCAUAGGAUUGUUCUGCGAUUUAAAAGACGGCCUACACUAUUUUAUGACAUCAGAGAGAGCCAGCGUGCGAUGGAACACUAAGCUUCCUUUGAACGCGCAGAGUCAUUCGGUUCUGGUACAAAACGAUGACGUCCCAUGCAUAACCGAUUAUAUAAUGGAUGCGCGAAGAAACGUAUGGGGUCUGGUAAAUUCGAAAUGUCCCGGUGCAACGAAAAAGAAUACUUUGAGCAAUUCGACACUUAAAUCUAGAACAAUUAAAAUUCAAAAGUACUAUUUUGCGAUGCAAUAA